CUGGCGGGAUCUGAGGAAUCUGGACCGAUCUCGUUGGCGAGUGGCGACGCGCAGGGCGGAAUUCUGCCGCCCUCGCACGACAUGCAUUCCCGAGGAGGCCUUUGCAUCGCUCUAACCGAGAAUGAGUGACAAAAAUCAAGUUGAGGGGGCCCCUCACGGUCCAAGCUGAGCAUCCGUACCUUCCUGGCUUCACAACUGGUUGGUGAACAAUGCCCACAUCUUCUGGAGGUGCCUCUUAGUCAAAACUCUAGGUAAAGACGGGAUGGGAACGGUGAGUCAAGUUUGCCGAAUUUAACAUAGGAACAGCCUACGCAACCCACUGAGUAAAAUCAUAAUGAGCACCACCAUCUAAGGAUAUGGAAUUGAGCCAGCACCACCCCCGACAAAUGUGCUGUCUGAGCACACCGAGCGGGGCGCCCAUCCUUCUUCGUCUUUGGCGACGAAGGGCCCACAAAGAUACACACAAGUCGUUCAUAGCUUGAACAUCCGAACUCGAAUUGCUUGAGUAACCCAGUACUGAGACGGCCAACGAGAAGAAGGCAAUUCUAGCCUCAAGUGUGUAAAGCAGGAUAAUACGCAAGUACUUGCUGGCUAGAACUGAACUGUUGGCCAUUACAUUCAGGCAUGAAGAAUAUCAAAGCAAUUUCAACGGUGGUGUGGAAAUGUAGGAGAGGAAAGUGAGUUCUGGAUGGAGUUUCAAGCCAAAUGCUCCUCAAAGUGUGGGAGGCUCUUGCAGCCCAAAAAUCAGCCUAGAAAAACUCAUUAACAAAUAUUUUGUGAGCGUUGGGCAAAGGUGAGUUCCUGUCUCUCCGACUCCCUUCCAUCCCCAUCGAAGAUGAUCUCGCAAGAAGUUGUAUUUUCUCAAUAUGUGAAGUUGAAGCAGUGAGGUGCCAACUGUGAAUGGUGCAUCCAAGCUCGAAGUUCAACCAGGCCCUUCAAUCUCACCAUCUAAUCUCAAUUCAAGUACUCUAGAGCACAUUGCACUGGUACUGGUAGAACAGUAAGCCCCCGUGCAAAGCAUUGGUCGGACGUCGCCUCCUCUACGUACCUCACAUCAGCACAUCAUAUGCAUGUAUCUCGACAAGCCUUGUCAUAAAGGGACUUGAUUGAAGUCAUCAUCAAGCGACUCCCGUGACUCAUUUGUAUGGCAAAGGUGUAAAUUCCGCCAAAUUUGGAAUCCACACAAUCGACGACAGUGUGGUGUUAGAAAGUGAUCAUCACUUCCUCCGGGACUUUGAGCAGCCCAUCGUCAUGAGUGAUAGUGAGAGCGAGGCACCCAUGUCCAUGAGAAAUCAUCGGCUGUCCUCCAUCAUCGAAGAAGACGAUUGCCGGAGCCACGACUCGAGUCCUAAUCCCAAAUCGACUUUGGGUCGAAUUAACGAUAUGACUCCCGAGCCCGAUAUGGAGAAUCCUUUAGAAGCCGCCCUGGCCGCCAUAGACAGCCUGGCCAAUGACGAGGACUUCCAAGAUGUUGACAAAGAGAACGAAGACACUUGGAAUACGCGAAGAUCUUCGGAUGAAGAUAUCCGGAUUCGGAAUUUGCGGAACGCUCGAAGCAAUAGCCGCGAAUCGUCCACUCAGUUCGGAAUGAAAAGCCCUCGAGAAGACAAGCCAGACAAGGGUUCGGUUCUAAGGAGUCAAUCCGGGUCUCCUGACAGUCAUCAAGAGUUCGAAUUGAACGAAGAACAAUGCGAGGAUGGAAACAAAGAGGAUCUUGACCAAGAGCCCACCCCUCCACCCUUUAAAGAACGGAUCAUAAUGGCCAGGAGGAGCCAUAGUCCGCCAUUGAAACCGGCCAACCUCAAUCCAUUGGAAGAACUCCCCAUAGGCCCAUCGGCCUACAAAUCCAACUAUAACAUCAUAGAGCCGUCCUCCAAUGCUAUUAACGAUGCCAAUCUCCUCCCCUGUCCAACAUGCAGUCGGACUUUUCUUCGACCAGCCUUGGAAAGGCACGUCAAGAUUUGUGAAAAAGUCAACUUUAAAAGCAGGAAUGUCUUCAAUGUGGCCAAAAGAAGAUCCGAGGGCAAUCCAAUUUCCCCCAAACCAGCUUGUGAACGACAACCUAAACGUAAAUCGGUGAAACCGGAGGAUGUAUUGAAGGAGUGUCCUCACUGUUCAAGAAAGUUCGGACCAAAGCCUUAUGAUCGCCACGUUCAAUGGUGUGAAGAGAAAUCAAGCAGACUUCAAGAUUCGCCAAACAAGGAUCUGGUGGCAUUAGCAAAACUUCACGCUCGAACAAAUUACCGUCCAAGAACCCCUGCCAAAUAUAAAGAGGGCUCUCCCAGCCGGAAAACCAGCAUCUCAAGUACUGUAAGAACAAUGGAAAGCCCUCUGCCUGGAGAAUUUGAACACUCGGGCCUGCAUCGAUCCGAUAGUAGAAGCAGCAGAAGAUCUUUGGAGCGAAAGUUGAGCAAUAUCUCAUCCAUUCAAUCAACCGAUCACAUUGCCGAAACCCAAGAAACCCAUUUCAUUCGAGCUGUCACUGGCCGUGGUAGCAUCAAAAGAGGUCCAGCACCAACCAAGGCCUCCCAGCUGCGACAAUUGGUCAAGCAAAAAGAGCAGGAAGAGCAUGAAAAUGAUUGCCCGAUCUAUCAGAAGAACCCGAUUCCAGCCCCGACUACCUACGAUCCUCUGAAGUCCAGGGCUUCUUACGUACCAAGGACGUCUAUGAGUCAGCUUCCAUCCAUGAGUCAAUCCAUGUACGCUCCUCCGGGCACCCCUUCAUCAAUCCGGCGACAGACUCAAUCUCCGAUGUCCAUGACCAAUUCUUUAUACAAUGGCAUGCCUCGAACCCCGAGUACGGUUCGAAGAAGGUCGGCCUCCCCAAUGAGGCGCUCCACUACCAUGAGUCCAUCUUCCUAUGGUUUCCAGCCCGUUGUCAAACCAUCCGUGGUCAGGCCCAUGAAUAAAGAAAGUAUGGAUAUACCCCAAAGGGGCUCCUAUCGUCGGGACCCCGAGGGCAUUGACAGUUCGACAGAUAAAGGCCAAAUUGGAACCUAUGACCACAGCAAACAAUACGACCCUUACCAGUCUGCGGCAAAACAGAUGCAGGAGCUGCUUUUUGGCUCGCCAAUUCCGCCAAACCAAGGCUCAGCCAAUUCAGCGUUUGACAACCUUCGUCCCUCCACCAAUUCAGCCUUUCAGAAGUACAUUCCAAGCACUGCUGAUAUCAACACCAAACUUAAUGGCUCUCACAAAAUUGGUGUUGAUCUUAAAUCACCGAUUAAGCCGCUCUCUUCUACGUCAGCCUUGUUUAGUUCAGUAAUGCCAAUUGAGCAAAAUCGCUCGAAUCUUGCCAAUGUGGCUGCCAAUGGAACACGCUCGGGGUCCAAAAGCCCAAAGGUUGCCAGGUUCUGCCAUGAAUGUGGAAAUCCCUUUGCUCUGCCAAAUAUUCGGUUUUGUUGUGAAUGCGGAGUUAAGCGUUUGUAUUGCUGACCAAUCCGUUCCAUUUUAUCUAUCACACAUCUACUUAAGCUAUAUACUUUUAUAAGAAUAACUUAUAACCAGUGAUUGGUGAGCUUUCUAACGUACGUAAGUAAUUGGGCAACUCGAUUUGUCUUCUCCACAUUUCAAAUGACCAUCUCAUAACUAUAAAUCCAAAAUUUACAAGGAACAUGGUCUUACCCUUGUCAUUCACUGUGUCAUUUGUAACACAAUCCUCUCGGUGAUUAAACUUAUUUGGUGCUCUAA